ACAAUGAUGUUACGAUUUAUUUAUUUUGUAAGUUUAUUAUUGAGUUUAUCUUUAUCGGAAGAGGAAUUUCUAAGACCAGGUAAGAGACAUCUUAGAAGUUGUUAUAAAAGAGGAAAAAUUAAUAGGAAACGUGAAAAUUAUAACACUUUCGACGACAAGGAAUCCAUGGAUCUUAUUGACGUGGCCAGUUUCAUUCAAAAUCGUGAUGACAAUUCUUUUGAGGGUAAUCAAGGUUCUGAAAACAGAAUACCAGUAUUAAAUAAUGGCGACGAUGGUUCAAUUAUGAACGUGGAAAUUGAAAGUAUUCCAUCACAAGAUUACCAAGGCUUAGACUCUGAUAAUAUUCCUGAAAUGAAUAUUCAGACUAACAGGCGUAUUCCUAAAUACUUAAACAGAAAAUCUCGACCCGUUGAAAAAAUUAACGGUGAACGUGUUCUAAAGACCAAUGAAAACAAAAAUUCUGAUGAUUUGUUUGACAACAAUAUUAAGAAUAGACACAUUGAAAAGAAAUGUGCAUUGAAGAAUAUGAAAUUCCCGUUUUUUUCCCGUGACAAAGCUUCAACUACAAAGGGUAAGAAAAAUAAAAAAAGAAAAUUAUUUAGCUUUCACAAUGAAAAGAAAAAUUUAACGAAACCAUCUGAAGCUGAUCUCAAUAAUAAUAUAAACAAGGUAAUAAAUGGAAAACGAAAAUCCAUUAAAAUCAAUAAGAGAUCUAAUAUAGAAGGCUUAUGUCCGGCUUGUAAGCAAAGAUACUUAUUCGACACAAAUGAUUUCUUGAAUAAUUUGAGAAAUACUGCAAAUAGCGGAAUACAUAAUAGCAGACAAUAUUAUCAGCAAAAACAUUUCGAGGAAGCUGAGCCCGACAGCACUGAACAACCGAAUAGUUUUCAGUUAAAAAAUCAAAAUACAAAUUUAGAUAACGAAGAUAUAAAUUAUGUCAAUAGUAAAAAAUGGAAAAGAAACAAUUCAAUUUCGAAAAAUAAAAUUAAUUAA